GGUGGCUUGCUCAAAAGUUAUUUGCUUUGCCUGGUCUUCUCUCUCCUCUCACCGAUUCUGCAAACCCUAACUCUCUUGAUUCAGCGUUGUUUGCGGGUUCUCCUGCUACAAGGGUCUUGGUACGAUGAUGUUGCGUGCUGUAGUUAGGAGAGCUGCGAGUAGGGGCUCUUCUGCUUCGGCGUUUGGGAAGUCGCUACUAUCUCCUCGUGCUGCGGCUUCUGCCCCAAGCUUUCAUUCAAAUGAGACACAAUUGUAUCGUGGAGGCUAUGCUCAUAGCUUUCAUUACCUUGCUUUGCCAGCUAGUUCAAACAACUUGAGGAGCGUUUUCAACUGUUGCCAAGGCACAUCUCUGCAAAGAUGGGUCAGGCCAUUUUCAUCUGGAAAUGGUGAUUCAGUGGAAGCUGUUGUGCCUCACAUGGGUGAAUCAAUCACUGACGGCACUCUAGCUAACUUUCUGAAAAAACCUGGUGAUAGAGUAGAGGCUGAUGAGCCAAUUGCACAAGUCGAAACGGAUAAGGUGACUAUUGAUAUUGUCAGCCCAGCACCUGGAGUUAUCCAAGAGUUUAUAGUGAAGGAAGGAGAUACUGUAGAACCAGGAACAAAGGUUGCUAUUAUUUCCAAGUCUGGGGAAGCUGUUUCUCAUGUUGCCCCCUCCGAAAAGAUACCAGAGAAACCUGCUUCAAAGCCGUUGCUUACUCCUGAAAAGACCGACGAAAAGCAGAAGCUUGAAAGUAAUCCUGUUCAGGAGAAGCCCAAAGCACCAGUUCCACCCCCUCCUAAGCAGUCUGCUAAAGAACCUCAGCUGCCUCCCAAGGACAGGGAAAGACGGGUUCCUAUGACUAGACUUCGGAAGCGUGUUGCAACAAGGCUGAAAGACUCUCAGAAUACUUUUGCAAUGCUGACAACUUUCAAUGAAGUCGAUAUGACUAAUUUGAUGAGUCUGCGAUCUCAGUACAAGGAUGCAUUCUAUGAAAAGCAUGGAGUGAAGCUGGGGCUUAUGUCUGGAUUUGUUAAGGGUGCUGUUAGUGCCCUCCAGCACCAACCAGUAGUAAAUGCAGUUAUUGAUGGUGAUGAUAUCAUAUACAGAGACUACAUCGAUAUCAGUAUUGCAGUCGGCACCUCCAAGGGGCUGGUGGUUCCAGUAAUAAGAGAUGCAGAUAAAAUGAACUUUGCGGAGAUAGAGAAGACGAUAAACUCGUUGGCUAAGAAGGCAAACGAGGGUUCAAUAUCGAUAGACGAGAUGGCUGGAGGGUCAUUCACCAUCUCAAAUGGCGGCGUUUACGGAAGCCUCAUAAGCACACCCAUCAUCAACCCUCCCCAGUCUGCAAUCCUGGGAAUGCAUUCGAUAGUGACACGGCCGAUGGUUGUGGGAGGAAGCAUAGUGGGUAGGCCGAUGAUGUACGUAUCGCUAACGUACGAUCAUAGGCUGAUCGACGGGAGAGAGGCCGUUUAUUUUCUGCGUCGGAUAAAGGACGUAGUGGAGGAUCCUCAGAGGCUGCUUCUCGACGUUUAAGAUAAGCCCCCUCCCCUUCCUCCUUCAUGGCUUCCAUCAUCUUAUCCGUUUUUUGUUUCUUACCUCUUCCGACAUUCCUGAAACGUUAUUACAGUUGCCGAGGUUUUUACCUGGCUAAAGGAAUAGGUUUUUUUACACCGUUGAGUUUACUGAACCUGACCCCAAAAAAGAAUUUUCGAUUUUUGACUUGGGAGAAUAAUUCCCACUGAUAUAUAACAGCUGAAAAAUUAUGGUUUGUGUAAUUUUGUUUUGUUUAUUAUUUCCUCUUUGGCAAAGUUAUAUGAGUUUUAUAAUGUGUAUGGAGUUCUAUUA